ACAUUUUGAGAAAGAAGAAGAAGCGCAUUCCGGUAGAAAAUGGCUCGUUCGGAGAAUCGUUGUUGUUGUUAACUCAGCCGUGGUCGAUCAUCGCACUAAACUCUAAGCAUGCUUGAUCUCCGCUGACAGGCAAAAUGUUUAAAAGGAUCAAACGCGCAAAUUUCCGGCGAAGAAACGAGUCCGACGAGGACGAGCGGGAGGAGAAUGUGCAGCCGAUGCUGGCGCCGACGUUGUUCGGGCCUGUUUUGGAGGAAGUCCCGUUCCUGGAGACGUCCAGCGGCAACAACGACGUUAGCUUAAGCCCAAGGAGCAAUGGCUUCGGGGCCACUUUUAAAAGCACCAGGAGGGACAAGAAGGUGAAAGACAGCGUUCCGACUGUCGUACCCACAAAAGCCAGUUUGCUGAGUUUCGACGAUGACGAAGAAGAAGAAGGACCAGAGGUCUUCCGAGUCAAGAAGUCCAAUCAUAGCAAGAAAAUAGUCAAGCAGCUGAAGAAAGAAUACAAGGAGGACUUGGAGAAGGGUGGUGCCGUCAAAACAGAAGCAGUGCCCCAACCUGUCAUUUCUGUCAAAGAAGAACCAGUCAGCAAAGUGAGCAGUGAGCAUGGCGAGGGCGAAAUGGAGGUUGAUAGUGCUGAUGAGCCGAGGGACGACGUGAGAGGCUGUCAAGUGCAGAAGAGCAGCAACACUGCAACGACAUUCAACACGCUCUCCUCCCUCAGCACUUUGAGACCUGGAGAGAUCCCUGAUGCAGCAUUCAUUCAUGCUGCCAGAAAGCGACGACAGCUAGCGAGAGAGCUCGGGGGAGACGCCCCGCUUGUCGAGACGGAAGCCCCUAAGAAACGUAUGGCGCAAGAAGACCAAGACUGCAGUGACGACGAAGAGGAAGAGAAGCGGAUCCGCUUCAGCGGCGUGCGGAGCAAAACCCAGAGGCAAAAGAUCGCAGAGGAGAUAGGUAUCGAAGGCAGCGACGACGAGACGUUAGAUCCGGGUCAGGAUGAAGAGGUGAGCCGGUGGGAGCAGGAGCAGAUCAGGAAAGGGAUCAGCAUACCACAGGUCCAAAGCAGCCAACCAGAGGACCCCACGGCCUACUACCACAACAGCUAUGAUAGUCAACCUUACGGCGCUGGUUACAGCAUGCCCUUCACGUACACCACGGCGCCUCCGCAGGCCGGCAAGCCCCCGGGCUCGGCAGACGGCCCUUUGGCUCACUUUGGGCUGUCUGUUAGUGACUUAGCCCCAGUGCCCAUUGAUCUGGUAAAGAAACGUCUGCAGGAUAGGCUCGGUCAUAUGCGCACAGGCCACAACGGCAACGUCAAUCGCUACAUGCAGAUCCAAGAAGACCUCACUGCCUCAGAGAGCGCCAUUGUGCAGCUGGACGGCUCGUCCAAUGACAAUGCAGAUCAAUAUCAAUUCUUGCAAGAGAUGCGAGGGUAUGUUGGAGACUUGCUUGAGUGUUUCGGUGAAAAGGUGCCUGCCAUCAAGGAGCUGGAGGCUGCCAUGCACCAGUUACUAAGGCAACGGGCCUCACGACUCGUCCAGAGAAGACAGGAUGAUAUUAAAGAUGAAUCGGCGGAGUUUGCAAGCCUUUCAAAUAAAGCAGUCAUGGCUCCCAGUCUGGACUCGUUCGGUCGCGAUCGCGCAUUGUAUCAAGAGAGCAACCGCCAGAGGAGGAUAGCGGAAAGAGAGGCCCGGCGAGCUCGGCGGCGUCAAGCACGAGAGCAGAACGGAAAGUGGGCAGAGCAUAAAGAAGGCUUGUCGUCCGAUGACGAGGAGACCUCGACCGACAUCACCGGCUUCGGCAUGGAGCACGAGCGCAUCAUCAGAGAAUGCAAGAAGGUUUUUGAGGAUGCGGUGGAGGACUUUCAUUCCCUGGACUACAUCAAAUCCCAAUUUGAAAUGUGGAGGAAGGACUACGCCGACAGCUACAGAGACGCUUACAUUGGCCUCUGCCUGCCCAAACUCUUCAGCCCUCUAGUUCGACUGCAGCUCAUCACAUGGAACCCUCUUGAGGCGCCGUGCGCAAACUUUGAGUACAUGGUCUGGUUCGAGACGCUGCUGUUUUACGGCUUUGAGGAGAACAGCGCGUUGGAGAAAGGAGACAGCGACAUCGGCCUGCUCCCAGCUAUCGUAGAGAAAGUCAUCCUCACCAAACUGACAGUGUUGUCAGAACAAGUGUGGGAUCCGCUGUCAAACAGUCAGACGGCACGGCUGGUGGCUUUCAUUCGCAGGCUGAUGAAAGGUUACCCAACCGUGCUGCACGGGGACAACCAAUACACGCGGGAGUUGUUGAAAACAGUGGUCCUGCGGGUCAGGCAGACAUUGGAUGAAGAUGUCUUCCAACCUCUCUACCCCAAAAAUUUGCUGGAAAACAAAAAUGGUGGUCCCUACUUAUUCUACCAGAGACAGUUCUGGAGUUGUUUGAAGCUUUUGAGGAACAUCUUGCAAUGGGAGGGGAUCAUCUCUACUUCUUGUCUGAAGGACCUGGCUUUAGACAGCACUCUGAAUAGGUACAUCCUCUCCGCGCUGCAGACUGCAGACGUCAGCGAGGACAACGUUCACAAGGCCCAGAAGGUGGUGGACUGUUUGCCAAUUCAGUGGUUCAACGGACUGAAGGGCCAGCAGACUUUGCCUCAGUUGGAGCCGCUGUGUCGCUACCUCGUCCAUUUGGCCAACUCGCUGCAGCGCAGCAGCGUGGGCGCUUCGGAUGUCGAACGACGUGUAACAAAGGAUCAAGUGAAGGAGAUUUUGAAGAUGCUGAUGUAUAUGAAGGCUGUGAACCACAUCAUUGCCGUGGCAGCUGAUCAAGGAAUUAAAGACAUCAAGUCUCUGUUGGAAACCAAGUCAUAGACAGAGACACAGCAGCACCGACAAGUUCUCCAUCGUUGGGCUGAAAUGUGCAUACUGAAUAAAACGCCCGUGUAAAUAUUGUGAAUAAUGUAUAGGAAGGUUCUUGUCUUCAUGCAUUUGUCUAGUACUCUUGUAUGAUCCAAUCUAAAAACACUGGCUACACACCAACAGUGCACAUAAAUACAUUUGGAUAAAACCGUCUCCAAAAAUACAGUGCAUAAUGAGCUAUGUAAAAACUCCUCUCACAUUCAUUUCUAUAUAUGCUAAAAGUGACACACACUGCUGCACCACACAAAAUAAUCCCACCAGCACCAACCAUACACAACACAUCGAAAAGUCUGCUUGUUUUAUCGUUUGAUUGCUUGUGAAUAAAGUGUACAUUUGGAAAUA